UCUGUUUCCCUUUCAGGAAGUCGAUGGCAAUAAAGUGAUGUCUUCAUUUGCCCCGCACAACUCAUCUACCUCACCCUCAAAGACGGAAGAAGGUGGACGUCAAAGUGGAGAGUCGUUCUCCAGCACAGCCCUUGGGACUCCCGAAAGACGUAAAGGGAGUCUAGCGGAUGUUGUGGACACUCUAAAACAGCGGAAAAUGGAGGAGCUUAUCAAGAAUGAACCAGAAGAAACCCCCAGUAUUGAAAAGCUACUAUCAAAAGAUUGGAAAGACAAGCUUCUUGCCAUGGGAUCUGGGAACUUUGGAGAAAUAAAAGGGACUCCAGAGAGCCUAGCUGAGAAGGAGAGGCAGCUUAUGGGCAUGAUCAAUCAGCUGACCAGUUUGCGGGAGCAGCUGCUGGCCGCUCACGAUGAGCAGAAGAAACUGGCGGCCUCGCAAAUUGAGAAGCAGCGCCAGCAAAUGGAGCUGGCGAAGCAGCAGCAAGAACAGAUUGCAAGACAGCAGCAGCAGCUCCUGCAGCAGCAACACAAAAUCAACCUUCUCCAGCAGCAAAUCCAGGUCCAAGGUCAGCUGCCGCCAUUAAUGAUUCCAGUAUUCCCUCCAGACCAGCGGACCCUAGCAGCAGCCGCCCAGCAAGGAUUCCUUCUGCCUCCCGGUUUCAGCUACAAAGCUGGCUGCAGUGACCCUUACCCUGUUCAGCUGAUCCCGACAACCAUGGCAGCUGCAGCUGCAGCAAGUCCCGGCUUAGGCCCGCUCCAACUGCAGCAGUUGUAUGCUGCCCAGCUCGCUGCGAUGCAAGUGUCCCCAGGUGGAAAAAUACCCGGCAUCCCCCAAAGCAACAUCGGUGCAGCGGUAUCUCCUACCAGCAUCCAUACUGACAAGAGCACAAGCAGCCCUCCACCCAAAAGCAAGGAUGACGUGGCCCAGCCGCUGAACCUCUCGGCAAAACCUAAGACGGCGGACAGCAAGUCUCCCACCUCUCCCACCUCUCCACACAUGCCAGCGCUGAGAAUAAACAGCGGGAGCAGCUCGCUCAAGUCCUCUGUGCCGGCAACGUUAGCUAGUCCUUCGGCCAGAGUCAACACAGUAGAUAUCCUUUCCUCUAUCACGUCGUCAGGUUACUUGAACGAUCACGAUGCUGUUACCAAGGCAAUCCAGGAGGCCCGGCAGAUGAAGGAGCAGCUACGGCGGGAGCAACAGGUGCUUGAUGGGAAGGUUGCUGUGGCAAACAACCUUGGGCUGAAUAACUGCAGGACAGACAAGGACAAAACGACACUGGAGAACCUGACUCAACAGUUGGCAGUCAAACAGAACGAAGACGGGAAGUUCAGCCACGCUAUGAUGGAUUUCAACAUGAGUGGAGAUUCUGACGGCAGUGCGGGGGUCUCGGAAUCUCGGAUUUACCGGGAAUCCAGAGGGCGUGGGAGCAAUGAGCCACAUAUCAAGCGCCCCAUGAAUGCCUUCAUGGUGUGGGCGAAAGACGAACGACGGAAGAUCCUUCAGGCCUUCCCCGAUAUGCACAAUUCCAACAUCAGCAAAAUAUUAGGUUCUCGCUGGAAAGCCAUGACCAACCUUGAGAAGCAGCCCUACUACGAAGAGCAGGCCCGGCUCAGCAAGCAGCACCUGGAAAAGUACCCAGACUACAAGUACAAGCCCAGGCCGAAGCGCACCUGCUUAGUGGAUGGGAAGAAGCUGCGAAUCGGUGAAUACAAGGCGAUCAUGCGCAAUCGGCGUCAAGAGAUGAGGCAGUACUUCAGUGUCGGACAGCAAGCGCAGGUUCCUGUUGUGACGGCCGGCGUCGUCUACCCAGGGGCCAUUGCCAUGACGGGCAUGCCCUCUCCGCACCUGCCCUCGGAGCAUUCGAGUGUGUCCAGCAGCCCAGAACCAGGGAUGCCCGUCAUCCAGAGCACUUACGGCAUCAAAAGCGAGGAGACCUCUCACAUCAAGGAGGAGAUGCAGACCGACGACAUCAAUGGCGAAAUGUACGAGGAGUAUGAGGAAGAGGACGAUGACCCCGACGUGGACUAUGGCAGUGACAGUGAAAACCACAUUGCAGGGCAAGCUAACUGAUACGGGGUCCUGAUUCUUGCUGUUGACCUUGGAGGACUUCCAUGGGAAGAAGCCCCAGCAAGUUCCUUAGCCAGUGGCCAAGCACAUGAACUUAAUCCUCACACACUGACUGUUACUUAAAACUUUUAGUCUUAACUAGUUGGGACGUCAGCUGAUGUGCAGGCAUCCACCUGCAUCCAAAA